AUGGGUUGUAGUCAUCAUAAGUGGUCUAUUUAUUUUAAAAUACUUGAUGAACUUGCAAAUAAAAGUAAUAAAGCUACUAUAUGUUUUGCCUGUUUAGAAGCUAUGGGUAGUAAAGCUAAAAAAAUAACCAACAAGGCAAAUUUAUGUUAUAAUCAUUUAAAAUCUUGUCCAUAUUUUGCACAAAAAUAUUCUUCCGAAGAAUUAGAAAAAAUUCUUCUAACUCUGAAUCUACCGUUAUCUGAUAAUAUUCAACAACAAUUUGAGCGAUAUUUAAUUCAUGGAACAGUAGCAAGCGGAUUACCAUUUAAAUGGAUACAGGAUGAAGAUAUUGUAGCUGCUUUUAAGCUU